AUGUCCUUCUUCAGAGGCGCUGUUGCUGCUCGUUCUAUUUUUGCCGGUGCGAGGAGGUAUUCCACUACCCCAGCUGCCUCGCCAAAGUCCGGUACCUUGCCUUCUGUCCUCCUCGGUGCGGGUGUUGUCUCUGCGGGCAUCUACGCCUACCUUCAAUAUUCGGAGAAGGAUGCCCCUAAGCAAGAAAAGAGCCCCCUUGACCCCGAGAACUUCAAGGACUUCAAACUGAAGCAGGUUAUUCCCUACAACCACAACACCUCCAAGUUCGUCUUCGAGCUUCCCAACAAUGAGGCUUCCUUGGCUCCCGUUGCUUCUUGCUUGGUCGUAAAGAGUUCGGACCCAGAGGCCUUAAAGGAUGCCAAUGGCAAGCCCAUCAUCCGUCCUUACACUGCCAUCUCGCAGCCUGAUGAGAAGGGCGUUCUUACUCUUCUCGUCAAGAAGUACGAGAACGGCAAUGCCUCCAAGUACAUCCACAGUCUCAAGGAGGGUGACACUCUCGCUAUCAAGGGCCCCAUCCUCAAGUUCCCUUACAAGGUGAACGAAUUCGACGAAGUCGCUCUCAUCGGCGGUGGAAGCGGAAUUACCCCGUUGUAUCAAAUUGUCGACCACGCUCUUGCCGACAAGAACAACAAGACCAAGUUCAAGCUGCUCUUCGCUAACGUCACCGAGCAGGAUAUUCUCCUCCGCGAAGAGCUCGAGGCCCUCAAGAAGAAGCACCCCAAGAACUUCGAGGUCGUUUAUAUUCUCGAUAAUGCUCCUGCAGGAUGGACUGGUCCCACUGGUUACAUUAACAAGGAUCUGAUCAAGGAACACGUUGCGCCUGCUUCUCUUGGUGAGAAGGUCAAGGUCUUCGUCUGCGGCCCUCCCGGACAGGUUGCCGCAGUUGCUGGCAAGAAGGCCGGCUUCAAGCAGGGUGAAUUGGGUGGUGUCCUCAAGGAACUCGGUUACACUGAGGAUCAGGUCUUCAAGUUCUGAUGAACGUACGUCUUGUACGAGUCCUGUCGACCUCAUUGCUCGUCAUCGAUCAGCCGACUCAACGCCGUUUGCUGUUUGAACGAAGAUGGGUCAUUUAGACAGGAAGGAGGGCAGGAGAAGGUUUUAGGAUUGAAGAACAUGAUGACGGUGACAUCAUCGAUCUAUAAUGGGAUCUAUACCAUGCGAUAUCGCUGGAUGGGCGGUUGUGCAGAUCCUUGCCUCGAGGGACUGACAUACCCCUAGCACGGUGAUAAGAAAAAUACCCUCUCGAUCGACAUGUACGUAGAGAUAAUAAUACUGACAUAG